UAAAUCUAGCCAGCUGGCAAUCAUGAAUGAAUGGAUGAAGAAAACUCCCUUAGAAUGGCAAGAUUAUAUUUACAAAGAAGUUAGAGUGACAGCUAGUGAGAAGAAGGAGUACAAAGGAUGGGUUUUAACCACAGAUCCAGUCUCUGCCAGUAUUGUCCUUGUGAACUUCCUUGAAGAUGGCAGCAUGUCUGUUACUGGAGUUAUGGGACAUGCUGUACAGACUGUUGAAACUGUGAGCGAUGGGGACCGUAGAGUGAGAGAGAAGCUGAUGCAUUUGUUCAUGUCUGGAGACUGCCAAGCAUACUCUCCUGAGGAUCUGGAAAAGAGAAAGAACAGCCUAAAGACAUGGUUAGAGAAGAACCACAUCCCUGUCACUGAAGAGGGAGAAUCACAAAGGACUAUCUGUGUGGCUCAGGUCCUGACUAUAGAGCCACCAUAUGGUCCGGAAAAUUGCAUCAGUUCUAAUGAGAUUAUUCUGUCCCGUGUUCAGGAUCUUAUUCAAGGACAUCUUACAGCUUCCCAAGAAGAUAACAGAAAUUGUGAAUGAGGUGAUUCAAAUAAGACUCCAUUUUUUCUUUCAUAAAAUGUUUUGAAU